AAAUUGUCAAAAUUAACGACUUUUUAAGAACAGAAAGAUUCCUGUUCAAUUUGGUUGUUUUUAAUUUUAAUUUUCCUUACAAGUCGAGCAAUUACAAUUGUUUUAAGUAUAAAAUUAAAGCUAAUCUUAUGAAUAAUGGACGUCGACGAGCUAUCAUUAGUGGAGAGAUGCGAGAAUUUAAUGACUGCGGUCGUGGAGACUCGCAAACAGUAUGGAAAGAAAUGUAUUGACUACCAGCACAAAACUUCUCGCGUGGAAAACCAGUUGCUUCAACUGCGACUCGAAAGCUUCGCGAAUUACGAGAAACGGAAGCUCCCUCAGUUCGAUAUCGACGACAUGGCCCUGAACAUCGAAGAUAUCAAGGCAGAGAUUAUGGAGAAGCAGAUGAGGAUCGAGAAUUUGUGUAAAAGACUUAACGAUACUCAGGAAGUGUUGUUGCAAGUUCAAAACGAUAAUGUAACGAGGAAAAUGCAUCAGCCGGUUACGAUAGAGACGCUUAUGGCGCGAGCUAAGGCUAGACAAUAGACAUGGAGGGGAGAUGUAAGGUGCCCAUGUAUAGUCUGACAAAAAAGAAUAGAAAUUAAAAAGUGGCAAUACCACAGAAAAAAUAAUAGUACUAGGUACAGAAGACUCACUCUCUAACAAAACGCGUCUGUUACGAUCAGCACAGAUAUGGCCGCUAGGUGCCGACUGCGCCACACGCGGCUUAUGGCUUUCCCCAAAAUUGGGGCAAAACGGAUGUAAUUUUAGCUACCUAUAGCAAAGUGACGAAAUCGCGGAGUGAGCCACGCCUGGCAAAACUACAGUAUUCAUCGUCCCGUUUUCUUAUAUAGAUUGAUUUGAAAAGGACGACACAACAGUAUCAGAAUCAAGUAUUUAAUUUGUGAUAAACUUAAAACUAAAAUUACAUACUAGAGUUUAACUAAAUACUACAAAUAUUCAUAAAAUUUGUAAGCGUUAAAGUUUACCAUGAAAUGGGCUCGCCUCAGCAUAACACUGACCCGAAAGUCAGCGCUGAUCUUCCAGUGAAACCAUUACAACAGUAUUGCCACUUUUUAAUUUCUACUCUUUUUUGUCAGACUAUAGAGGUAUCAGUGUCUACAUAAUUACUUGUUUGGCUGCAUUUCCACCAGAGAUGUACGAGAAUGCAUAGCGAGGAAUGUGUUUGUUAAGAACCUAUAGAAUCAUUUCAUUUACCUAGGGCAAUAUUCUAUUGGUUCUUAACUAAUACAUCUUUUACUAUGCAUCCUCGCACAUCUCUGGUGGAAAUGCAGCCUAAAGGUGUUAGGAAGUGGACUUAUAAAUUCAUAUAACUUGGAAAACUUUGUUAAAUUUUGGCCCUGUCUAACAAACAAAUCUUAAAAUGACAGAUAGGGCAAACAUUUAAACUUUUUUUUUUAUAAAUGAUGGCUUUUACUCCUAGCUAAAUUUAGCAAGGUAGAUUCUGCCAAUGUUGCGGUGUUGACUUUUGACUUGUGAGACGAGAAUGGUCAGUAAAAUUUUGAUUUUUGUGGAAGGAUAGACAAUUUUACUGUCAAGGACUUGUUACACUUGACAAGUUUAUGAAUAACUCCUAACAUUACAAAUAUUUAUGUAUGUCUUCCAAACCUUGAUAAUUAUAAUUAUGUUCUAAUUCUUUAAUUAAAUAUUAGAAACUAGAAUUGAUGAU